AUGUCUACCCUCAGUGACCAAGCUGUGCUCCAGACUAUCUUCAACCCCAACAAUCCUUUUGGCAACAAUCUUGGGCUGGAAGCAGAGGUCGAUCUAACUGAUGAUGAUAGCAAGUUUGAUCCAGUCUUAGUGCAACAAGCUAAACAAUUGGAACUGCAUGGAGUUUCCCUGGCAGAAUCUGGGAAUGUGAAUGCAGCUGUGGAAGUAUUCACUCAGGCCAUAGCGAUCCUCCCUGAGCGAGCAUCUGGCUACAACAACCGAGCACAGAGUCUGCGCCUGAUGGGAGACACAACAGGGGCCAAGAGUGACCUGAACAAAGCAAUUGAUCUCAGCGAAGGAAGAGGACGGACAGCCAGUUUGGCUUUGGUUCAGCGAGGGCUUCUUUACCGACUCUAUGGACAGGAUGAAGAGGCUCUGCAGGACUUCAGAAAAGCGGCGGAUCUAGGCAAUAGAUUUGCCAAGUACCAAGUGACCAUCAUGAAUCCUUAUGCAGCUCUGUGCAAUCGCAUGCUAGCCAAGAUGGUGGGCAGCCUAAGGAAUCCAGAACCUCCUACAACUCCCUCUGUGUAA